AUGGACAACCCUUUUUCUGCGGUGUAUGAUUCGCCACGCUCGACACGCACCGACUCUGUCUACUCGCAGGCUACGUCGACACGCCCCAUGCUCGACCUCAAAGACUUUGACCAGUCGUUCAGCAGCGACACCGCCCUCGUCGGCGGCGAUGUCAAAGACACCAAAGACACCACCGCCACCGGUAGGGACGAGAAAUCCCGCCCCUCGAGUUUUCUAGCUGGGUUCGGCGGCUCAAUCCAGCUCCCGCGCAACUCGAGCUAUGGAGCCAAUUUGAGCUCAGGCGCACAAACGCCCACGUCGACGACGGGGUUGUCGUUGUCUGUCAACUACCUUCCGUCCAAGUUUAGCGGUGCGCUGUUGAGUCGGAGGAGUAGUCGCGUGGAUUUGGGCGGUGCCGGAGGUGGUGGGGAUGGCAAGGAGGUCGUUGAUGUACCGAAGAGUGGAGGUGGGACUGCCGCUUUUAAGAGCAAUGAGCAGAGGAUUGGCGGGGCGAGUGGCCAGAAGCUGAGGUGGACUAGGUUCAAGUGGAUUUUGUUCUUUACCAAUCUUUUGUUGAGCUUGUACUCGCUAGGCACGUUCAUCGUGUGCCUCCUGACAUGGUUCGACGUGUGGAAGCACGCCGAAGUCAUCCGCUUCGGCAACCGCACCGAGCUCGUCCUGAGCACGCUCGCCUCCUCGCUGGGCAUCCUCACCUCCGUCAUCGGCUGGGCCGGCAUCCUCCUCAACAACCGCAUGUUCCUCUCAAUCUACACCCUCAUGACCUGGAUCACCUUCAUCUUCCUCGUCACACCAGGCUACAUCACCUACCGCAAACGCACCUACAACCUCGAAGGCAAAGUCAACCAACAGUGGUCGCGCAACCUCGGGCCCAUCGCCCGCACACGGAUCCAGAACCAGCUCUCCUGCUGCGGGUACUUUAGUCCGUACGUCGAGGCGACGGUGACGCAGACGUGUUAUUCGAGGAGCGUUCUGCCUGGGUGCAAGCUCCCGUAUUUGAGCUAUCAGAGGAGGAUUUUGCAGGUGUUUUGGAAGACGGCGUUUGCGGUUGUGCCGGCGCAUGUGGUGGUUAUGGUUGCUGCCCUUUUGUGCUCGAAUCAUGUCACGUAUAGGUUUGGGAAGGGGAUGAUGCCGGAGGCGUAUAGGCUUAAUAUGGACUCGAUGGCUGUUAUUAUGGAUCAGUAUGCUGCGCAAUUGGCGGACCAGUAUGGACCUGAAGUUGCACAUAAGGUGUUGGAGAGGUCGAGGUCGAAUAUGAACUUGCUGCAGAAGCAGUAA